AUUUUCCAACCAUAUGAUUAUUUAAGUCCCAAGUGUCUUUUAUAGAGGAGGGAAAGAGUUGCAAGAGAUCCUCAUGGGGCAAAUGCCAACCCCUUAGUUUUCUGUACUCAUAAACUUGGCUGUUCUAUUGCUUGUUGGACAGGUUCUCGUGGCUCAUUGUAUCAGUAAAGUGCUGUGUCCCUCAAAGAUUUUGAUCUCAAGCUAGCCAUCACAAACUAGAGAACUUAACAGCUGUUGCUUUCAGGAAUUUGUGUCUGUAUUUGUGCAAAGAUGUAACUCAUUUUGGAAAUGGAAAUGCCACCAUGAGGGCUUUGGGCCCAAACUCAUGGACUGAGAGACUAAAAUAGAAACCCUUUAUCAUUCGUUAUAUUGAGACUCAACCAUUCAGGAAGUGCUAGAAUAACUCUUUUAAUAGGCACUCUUGGAGGUUCUUCAAGUAAAUGUUACAACUUUCGAAUUCCAUAUGACAAGAUGGAUAGAGGGUGGUGCUGGUAGCCUGGUAAAAUUGGACAAAGUUGCAUACAAGAAUAGUCAGGACUAUUGGCAGUGGCAGUUCCUGCAAGCCAUGAAUGAGGCCUUCUGUGGUUUUCUCACUUACAAAAAUGUUUCAAUUGGAUGCUAUCCACAUACUAGACUCAUCAUUCUACUUGAAGAACUACAAAGCUCCAAGUGUCUCUGGGAGGAUCUCAAUGAUGAGAAGCCUGGCACUCUCAAAGGACAUACUAAGCUGCAAGUGAUGAUGCAUAUUGCUCAUGGUCAUAAAUAUGGAGCUGCAUACAAUGCCCUUUUCUACCUGUGCUUAGUUUCUCAAAGCGUGAAUAUUGUAGAGUAUAUUUUGCUGCUCUAUGCAUCUUGGUGUUGCUUCUUCCAGGCUGAUGCAGUAUCUUAUGCUAAACAAGUUGUAAAGCUGAUGGACAGUGGACACAUGGCAGGGAAGGUCACAGUUGAAAUAAAUGAGGAGCUGAUGCAUCCUAUUGCACAACACUGUUAUAUCCCAGAUAUGAUCCGGUGCUGCCAUCAUAUGUUACUUUGACUACAGAUAUUUCAUUGAUGGCUUUUAAUAAAGUUCAUCAAUGAUAAUAUUCAUAAUCCAACCAAGAAACCCUCUUGUACGGGACAAGGAUCUCAAA